UGAUGGAUGUGAAUGGCCGAGCUCGGUGCCCUUUCCCUGGCGCUCCUCCUUCCCUCCCGAACAGGGCGGUGCAGGAGGCGGCACCUGGUCACACUCGGGUGUCCGUUGGUGGUAAAGAGAAGAGCAGCUGGAGCAGUGAUCGUGUUUAUCGUAUCCCGGGGUGAUUGGACUGCGAUUUCAUAUCCUGACAUAGAGGGCUGGGUGACCGGGCAUUGACAGAUCUGCAUCUCCUGCCAGCCAGCAUGGUCACCAGGGUGUACACAGCAUCUUCAUCCUGCUCUACCUUGAUAAAGAAGCAGCAGCAGGACGUGUUGCAGUAUCUGGAAUCCCACAAUAUUGACUGUGAAGUAGUGGAUAUUACCAUGUCAGAAGAAAAGAGGCAAUGGAUGUACAAAAAUAUCCCCAAAAACAAAUGGCCUGAGCAUGGCAAUCCUUUAGCACCACAGAUAUUUUAUGAUGAUGCCUAUUGUGGGGAUUAUAAUGAUUUUUUUGAAGCCAAGGAAAGUAAUACAGUAUCUUCCUUCCUACGGAUAAAGUCAAAAUCUGCAUCAAGGAAAGAAUAAAUGUAGAAUUUUG